AUGGAGAAUGAAAAGAUUUAUCAGUGUAAAGGACAAUUUUUUAAAAUAUCCCAAGAUCCUCCUGCUCGUCCCUGGAGUACUGGAGUCAAGUGCUGUGUAAAGCAACUUGCAGCAAACUCACAGCCAACAUUCAGUCACAAACUCACAGCCAUCAUUCAUUCACAAACUCAUAGCCAUCAUUCAUUCACAAACUCACAGCCAUCAUUUACAAACUCACAGCCAACAGUUACAAACUCACAGCCAUCAUUCAUUCACAAACUCACAGCCAUCAUUCAGUCACAAACUCACAGCCAACAUUCAGGCACAAACUCACAGCCAUCAUUCAUUCACAAACUCACAGCCAUCGUUUACAAACUCACAGCCAUCGUUUACAAACUCACAGCCAUCAUUCAGUCACAAACUCACAGCCAUCAUUCAUUCACAAACUCACAGCCAUCGUUUACAAACUCACAGCCAUCGUUUACAAACUCACAGCCAACAGUUACAAACUCACAGCCAUCAUUCAUUCACAAACUCACAGCCAUCGUUUACAAACUCACAGCCAACAGUUACAAACUCACAGCCAUCAUUCAAUCACAAACUCAUAGCCAUCAUUCAUUCACAAACUCACAGCCAUCAUUCACAAACUCACAGCCAUCGUUUACAAACUCACAGCCAACAGUUACAAACUCACAGCCAUCAUUCACAAACUCACAGCCAUCGUUUACAAACUCACAGCCAUCAUUCAUUCACAAACACACAGCCAUCAAUCACAAACUCACAGCCAUCAUUCAGUCACAAAUUCAUAGCCAUCAUUCAUUCACAAACUCACAGCCAUCGUUUACAAACUCACAGCCAUCGUUUACAAACUCACAGCCAACAGUUACAAACUCACAGCCAUCAUUCAUUCACAAACUCACAGCCAUCGUUUACAAACUCACAGCCAACAGUUACAAACUCACAGCCAUCAGUCAAUCACAAACUCAUAGCCAUCAUUCAUUCACAAACUCACAGCCAUCAUUCACAAACUCACAGCCAUCAUUCAGUCACAAACUCAUAGCCAUCAUUCAUUCACAAACUCACAGCCAUCGUUUACAAACUCACAGCCAUCGUUUACAAACUCACAGCCAACAGUUACAAACUCACAGCCAUCAUUCACAAACUCACAGCCAUCGUUUACAAACUCACAGCCAUCAUUCAUUCACAAACUCACAGCCAUCGUUUACAAACUCACAGCCAUCAUUCAGUCACAAACUCACAGCCAUUAUUCAGUCACAAACUCACAGCCAUCAUUCAGUCACAAACUCAUAG